UAGAUGUGUGCUCUCUUGCAUAGAAUGGCGUUCUAUCAGCACUGUAGCAGGGCAUUGGGCCAACAUCUUCCAGGGCGUACACCCAAAAGUUGGAUUCUGCCUCACCGCAAGAUGAGAUGGAAGCCAUGAAGACAACCAAGUCAUGGGAGGAGAGUUAUGAUGAGGUUAUCUCGCAGAAGCCUUAUAUAUGACAGCUUUUGCCACCGUGUUAUGAAUUCAGCAGUGUAACUUUGUGAUGUCUGACGAACCAAUUCCAGUUUUAAGGCGAAGUCAUUCGUCUUCUGUCCGUUGCACUAUUGACCCUUACAAUCAGGCUGAGCAAGGCUUUCAACUCGACUCAACUAACGUGACCGGUGCUAGGCAACCGCCCGAAGCAAAGAGGACACUCUCAUCACGAUAUUCCCUUCGCAGUUCGGACAGUACGGUGGUAGAUUCUGGAGGCCCUUUCGAGCUCGAUGAUCGCAGUGGAGUCAACCAGUUGCCAUGUCAAGAUCUUCCACAACGCUCUACGACCUGGUCAGAAAGAUGCGUGAACAUUAUGCAAUGGCUCUCUGUCUCGCCACCCAGUCAACAGCAAUCACCCACAAAUCCACUUGAUGAGUUCCAGGCUGGAUACUCUCGUUUUCAAUACGAAUGCUUUGACAAUUACCCAGAUGGUUGGCCUCGCGUUGCAGCUUUCCUAGAGAGCAGCGACUCUUUCGGAAAUUAUAGAAAAUUUGGUCACUGCCAUGCUAGACUACUUGUUGAUCAGAUGAGUACCAUCACCGAAAUGGAGCAAGAGCUCUUGGAACUGGACAGAAAGGAUGCAGCUGGCGGUGAAGCCACAGAUUGGCGGUUGAAGAAUAGAAAUCACAAAAAAGGACCCGAUACCAAGAAAAGAGAUCUGCAGGAGAACAUCAAAAAAGAACUGCUUACUUAUGUUCCCCUACUCUUGAAUUUCCAAAAGCUCAAGUCGCUGGACCAAACACCCGCCAGAGACCACGACAGCGUCUUCAAAUGGCUUUGGACAUGGAAGCCGCUCGACACUCCUGAAUUCGCCUGGAUUUUUCACCCUCAAGACUUCGUUUCCCUCGUUCCUCCACGCCAGAGCGGCCUCGAGAACUUCAUUCUCCGUUAUCUUGACAAUUGGCCAAGAUCUUAUCUCAAGAACCUCUUCAAAAGCAGCACGCAGCAGCACCAAACUCAAGAUGCAUCCGUAGCCUUCUACUCCGCAUCCCGCAUCAACACCUUCGCUCGCCUCAUGGUUGUCUUCUUCGCCGUCCUCGUCCUCUUCAUCCCCGUCAUCCUGUUCUUGCUGACGUCGAUGAGUCGAGCCUGCAUGGCCGUCGUCGUCCUCGCAUUCUGUUUUAUCUUCUCGGUCAUGAUGGGCUUGCUCACGCAUGCUGCGGACAAGGAAAUCUUUGUCGGCGUUGCGACGUACUGUGCUGUUCUAGUCACGUUUUUGGGGAAUUUGACACGGGCUAAGGCGUAGGAUGGGGGCGUUUGGUGGCGUUUGGGGGUGUGGGGAAAUGUAUUUCUAAGGGUUGGGCAGGAGGGAUUAGGAGUUCUUUCAAUUGUUGGUUUAUCGGUGAAUGGGCGCUUUUGGAGCUUGUGAACACUUAAGGCUCGAAGAUUACUGGAAGCAAUCAAGGUCGAGAU